AGUGAGAAAAAAAGUUAAUAAAUAUAGAAAGAGAAACAUAAGGACAACUAACAUAACCCAGUCUCUCAACGGUUUAUGCACUUCUCUUCGCCACACACAACAACCCACAAAUAAUCUUCUAUUACAAAUUUAGAGUCUUUGAAGAAAUUAAGGAACAGUUAUUUGAGUUCGUGUUUUUUGUAUUUUCAUUAUUUCCGGUGAGACAGAGAAGAUGGAAGUUAUUUCUGUUGAGCUACCAGCGCCUUCUGCUUGGAAGAAAAUGUACUUCCCAAAGACUGCUGGUACACCAAGGAAGAGUGAAAUCAUGUUCAUUGCUCCGACUGGGGAAGAGAUCAAUGGCAGGAAACAAUUGGAACAGUACCUAAAAUCACACCCUGGUAAUCCUCCAAUUGCUGAAUUUGAUUGGGGUACUGGCGAGACCCCUAGGAGAUCUGCAAGAAUUAGUGAGAAGGUCAAAGCAACUCCAACACCAGAGAAGGAGCCUGCAAAGAAGCGAAGCCGAAAUUCAUCUUCAGGUUCUAAGAAGAGUAAGGAGGAAAAAGAUUCUGCUCCUGAAAAAGGCGAAGGAGAAAAGGAAGUCGAAAUGCAAGACGCAAAGGGAGUUGAGAAGGAAAAUGAAGAGGCAGGAAAAGAGAAUGAUGUUCUCGAGGAAAAUCCGGUUGAGAAAGGAGACAAAGAAGGAGAAGUUGGCCAGACUGAGAGCGCUGAUGUCAGUGUAGAAGUUGCUGUCGAAGAGAAAGUUAACAAGGACAUUAAUGUCGAAGAGCAUGCUGGUGAAAACAAGGACAUGAAUGUCGAAGAGAAUGCUUGUGAAAACAAGGACAUGAUUGUCGAAGAGAAUGCUGGUGAAAACAAGGACAUGAAUGUAGAAGAGAAUGCUGGUGAAAACAAGGACAUGAAUGUAGAAGAGAAUGCUGGUGAAAACAAGGACAUGAAUGUAGAAGAGAAUGCUGGUGAAAACAAGGACAUGAAUGUAGAAGAGAAUGCUGGUGAAAACAAGGCAGGUGCCGAAGAUCCUCAGCAUGCAGUGGAAGUUAAGGAGCAGGAAAAGCCAGAGGAAGCAUUGGACAAACCCGCCGAAGAAGCUGGUUCUGGUGAAGGUGCUGCCGAAAAGGCCUCACAUACUGAGGUGGAGGAGAAAGACCCAGGUUACAAGAAAGUUAUUCCAGAAGCUGCAACUGUCGAAGCAAAUGGGGGAGCAGAAAAAGAGAAUUCUAACGGAACAGUCCCUGUUUCCGAGGAGGGCACCAAAGAGAAAUCUGAAAUAGAGGAGAAAGAUGCCAAGUACAGCAUCCCUGUAGGUGGAAUAUCCAUGACAGCUGAUGGAGGACUUACAGAAAAUGGUAAGGUUAACCAACCAGAUCGAGCUGAUGCCCCGCCAAAUUCUGCUGCUCCUGUGAGCUGUUGAUUUAGAUGCGCAUGAUCUGUUGUGGUUCUGUUAUUAUAACUCUGACUCGUUCAGUUCUAAACUUAUGAUGACCUUUUGAAUUGCUCGUUUGACUGUAACGUCAAUGUUGUCGUUGUUGCUAGAUUUGAUUGUAUGUUGAUACUAGAUUUAAUGUAUGUAGGUAAGUAUGUAUCGCUUCUGGUGCUCAGGAAGACUAGAGUAGGUCGUAGUUGCUGCAGACUGCAGUCUUUUGUUACAUUGUGCAGGAACUUAAGAUUGUAGACUUUGAACUUCUCUAAAUUAUUAUGGUUAGACACUGAACUUAA